AUGGCCCUCGGCCCCGACCCGGGGCCCGAGGUCCCGUGCACGGGCCAGUGAAAGGCAUUUUCCCGUUCCCGCCCUCCUUCCCUCGCCGACCAGCACCAUGGGAUGUAAUAUGUGCGUGGUCCAGAAACCGGAGGAGCAGUACAAAGUGAUGCUUCAGGUGAACGGGAAGGAGCUCUCCAAGUUGUCUCAGGAGCAAACCCUGGAGGCCCUGCGCUCCUCCAAGGAGCCCCUGGUUAUCCAGGUGCUGAGACGCAGCCCCCGCCUCCGGGGGGACAGCUCCUGCCAAGACCUACAGCUGGUGGACAGUGGCACUCAGACUGACAUCACCUUCGAGCACAUCAUGGCACUGGGCAAGCUGCGCCCGCCCACCCCACCCAUGGUCACCCUGGAGCCGUAUGUCCUGUCUGAGCUCCCCGCCAUCAGCCAUGAGUAUUAUGACCCAGCGGAGUUCAUGGAGGGCGGCCCACAGGAGGCAGACCGUAUGGACGAGCUGGAGUAUGAGGAGGUGGAGCUCUAUAAAACCAGCCACCGGGACAAGCUGGGCCUGAUGGUCUGCUACCGCACAGAUGACGAGGAGGACCUGGGCAUCUAUGUUGGAGAGGUGAAUCCCAACAGCAUUGCAGCCAAAGAUGGCCGGAUCCGUGAGGGAGACCGUAUCAUCCAGAUAAAUGGUGUGGACGUCCAGAACCGGGAGGAAGCAGUGGCUAUCCUGAGCCAGGAGGAGAACACCAACAUCUCCCUGCUGGUUGCUCGGCCUGAGAGCCAGCUGGCGAAGCGGUGGAAGGACAGUGACCGGGAUGACUUGCUGGAUGACUUUGGCUCUGAGAAUGAGGGGGAUCUGCGUUCCAGGAAGCCAAAGUCCCCCCCUGUCCAGCAGCUUGGAAACGAGGAGGAGAAAGGGGCCCCUGAUGUAGGCCCAGGCCUGAGCAACAGUCAGGAGCUGGACAGUGGGGUGGGCCGGACUGACGAGAGCACCCGCAACGAGGAGAGCUCAGAGCACGACCUGCUGGGGGACGAGCCCCCAAGCGCCACCAACACGCCCGGGACCCUGCGCAAGUUUGGCCUGCAAGGGGACACCCUGCAGAGCCGUGAGUUCCACUUCAGCAUGGACUCCCUGCUGGCUGAGGGGGCAGGGCUGGGGGGGGGCGACAUCCCGGGCCUCACAGACGAGGAAUACGAGCGCUACCGGGAGCUGCUGGAGAUCAAGUGCCACCUGGAGAAUGGCAACCAGCUGGGCCUCCUCUUCCCCCGGGCCUCCAGUGGCAACAGCGCCCUGGAUGUCAACCGCAACGAGAGCCUGGGCCACGAGAUGGCCAUGCUAGAGGAGGAGCUGCGACACCUGGAGUUCAAGUGUCGCAACAUCCUGCGGGCACAGAAGAUGCAGCAGCUGCGGGAGCGCUGCAUGAAGGCCUGGCUGCUGGAGGAGGAGAGCCUCUAUGACCUGGGGGCCAGUGAGCCCAAGAAGCAUGAGCUGUCCGACAUCUCGGAGCUGCCUGAGAAGUCGGACAAGGACAGCACCAGUGCCUACAACACAGGCGAGAGCUGCCGCAGCACCCCGCUGCUCGCAGAGCCCCUGCAGGAGAGCCCCCUGAGGCGGGCCGCUGCUGGCAACUCCAACUUGAACCGGCCCCCCUCUGGCCCCCCUGUCACCACCCACCCCAAGGCCGCUGCUCCGCAGGGGAGCCCCGCCAAGUUCCGGUCCCUAUCCCGGGAUCCUGAGAUGGGCCGGAGACAGCACUCAGAGGAGCGCGUCCGCCGCAGCCCCAAGACGGGGGUGACCCUGGAGCGCUUGGGCCCUGAAGGAAGCCCCUACCUCUCACGGCGCCACCGUGGUCAGGGCCAGGAGAGCGAGCACUACCAUAGCUGCAUGCAGCUGGCCCCGCCACGUGGCCUGGAAGAGCUGGGCCAUAGCCCCUUAAGUUUGGCUGGCGGCCCUCGGGUGGGCGGGGCAGCGGUGGCCACUGAAGCGCCGCGCAUGGAGUGGAAGGUCAAGGUGCGCAGUGAUGGGACCCGCUAUGUGGCCAAGCGGCCAGUGCGUGAUCGCCUCCUCAAGGCCCGGGCCCUGAAGAUCCGGGAGGAGCGCAGCGGUAUGACCACCGAUGAUGAUGCGGUGAGCGAGAUGAAGAUGGGCCGGUACUGGAGCAAGGAGGAGCGGAAGCAACACCUGAUCCGGGCCCGGGAGCAGCGGAAGCGGCGCGAGUUUAUGAUGCAGAGCAGGCUGGAGUGCCUGAGGGAGCAGCAGAACGGCGACAGCAAGGCAGAGCUCAACAUCAUCGCCUUGAGCCACCGCAAAACCAUGAAGAAGCGGAACAAGAAGAUCCUAGACAACUGGAUCACCAUCCAGGAGAUGCUGGCCCACGGCACACGCUCGGCCGACGGCAAGCGGGUCUACAACCCACUGCUCUCAGUCACCACUGUCUGAGCUGCCCAGACAGGAGCCUGGCUACGCUCCAGGGCGGGCCCUCUGCCCCACUGGGACCCGGUUCCUACUCUCUCUUAGAACCUAGUGUGUGUCUGUGUGUGCACGGGUCUUUGUUACCUGAGAGAAGCCCAUGAGGAGAAGGGACACUUCUCGGCAUCGGCUACUUCCUUCUCCCCAAGUACAGUGACCACGUCGAUGGCUGGCAUUGGGGGCAGACCUAUAACGGACACCCCUUCAGCUGUGUACAUGUGUGUGUGUGAC